AUGCAUAAACAUGUAAAAAGAAACAUUACAGAACAACAAAAGAUGAGUAGAGAGAGAGAUAGAGAUAGAGAGAGGGAGAGACAGAGAGAGAUAAAGCGUAAACAUGCAAUAAUGAUAUCAAAUCUGACACCUACAGAAUUGAUAGAUCCUCCACCUCCACCAUUAUUCCCGUGGCCUUUGGUUCAUAAACGUGCCGUUAUAUUAGGUGGUAUCGCACUAGUGUUGUAUAGAAUUGCCCCAAACUACCUCUCAUACAUUAUCUUUGGUGCUGUAUCACUUUUCUUCUACUUUCUUAAUCCCGUUGCAAAUAAACAUAGAGAGAAGAUGGAUGAAUAUAACCAUGAAUAUAGACCUGACUGA